GUGUGUGUGUGUGUAUGUUUUGUCUAAACAAGAUCUUGUAUUUCUUCAGGCUUUCCUAUCUCGGGUUUAUGACGACGUGGGUAAUGCGGUGCAGGUUUUUAAAACCGAGAACUUGAUCUUGGCUUUUUAAAGGAAGAUAGGGAUGGAAAAGGGGGAAGAAGAAGAAGAAGAAGAAGAAGAAGAAGAAGAAGAAGAAGAAGAAGAAGAAGAAGAAGAAGAAGAAGAAGAAGAAGAAGAAGAAGAAGAAGAAGAAGAAGAAGAAGAAGAAGAAGAAGAAGAAGAAGAAGAAGAAGAAGAAGAAAAGGAGGAGUAGGAGAAAGAGGUGGAGAAUUGGGCCGCUGGUUGUUAAAGGUCAUCCUCCCUCCCCUGCCCCCUCCCGCCCUUGAAUUUCUCCCGAUUAUCCUCCGGCCUCUGCUGGCGUCGACCAUGCCUGCGUCUUGCCCCUCUCCCUCCACCUGUGCUCAGCUUCCUUCGCAGACGUUUCUGUAAGGAGCUUUUCGGUUACCAGUUAGGGCCUCAUUUGGGAAGUGGCUUUGGCUCCCUGGGACUUCUCGCUAGGCAUCCUUAGCCACGUUAGUUAUCGUGCGACCCUUUGAAUGUGGAAUUGUUCGAUAGUGCUUGUUGAUAGAGCGACUGGCAGUUUGGUAAUGUUUCCUUUGCAGAGAACUGUUGCAUUGGCGUUGAUGCUAAGUAGCUUUGCAUCCUGCGCGACUGAGUUCCCAUGACCGCAGAGGUGAUGAUGGACGUUGGCGGAGAGGAGGAUGUCGAGGACCUCCGGGGCGCCCCGCGUGGCUCCCUCUCUCUGGCCUGCUCGGGGGCUGUGCCGGCCGUCUGUUGAUGGCCCUGCCCCUCGCUGCUUUUCCCUCGCGUGACCUCCUUGACUAGAAUUCCCUGCUCGAUCGCUUCGCGUGUUGAUGGCACGCGACCUUGCCUCGCCGCCGCCGUGCCCGAGAGGUGACAAAGACUCGCAGCGUGAGACCUUUGUGCCGGCCAGCGACCGAACCGCCGCCGGGAAGAUGUCCCUGUUGGAGGCCAUGAAGGCGUGGACGCUUGGUCCAUGGGCGCGGCGGCGGGACAAGAAGCGCGUGAGCGUGGCUCUAUGGGGAGGCCGUCCCGUGGAGUCCGACAUGUGCUCACACCUUUUGGGGACGCCGGGGAUCUACCGCCGCCGCCUCUCCUCCCCGUGCGAUGGCGACGUGCUGGACCUGUACACUGCCGCCGCUGCGGCAGCCGCCACGCCCUCGUUCACGAACGGACCCCCGCUGUACCAUCCGCCGGCCUUCCCGGCCGGCUACACGCCCCUCGAGGAUCUGCGCCCACGACGCUUUUCCGGCAAGAAAGUCGAGGUAGAGUCUGCUAAUAUCCUGGACGUCCCUCGUGUGGAGGUGACGCCCCCUGAUGACACUCCUCCAGCCUCUGCAACGGAGGACGGUCAGCAGGACUCCUUUCCCCCCUCCUAUAGUGUUGGGGACCCCGUGCCCACGCCCCAAGGUGAUGACGCGAAGGCUGGAGGAGCGGAGGUGGUGGGACAGGAGUGGAAGGAGGAGGGGAAGACGCUGCAAGGGCUAGAAAGCUCCGAGUGUGACGGACAGUGCGUGAUUGAGUGCCAACAGAACACUCUGGGCCUGGAGGGAGUCGCAGAUGCCCUUGCACUCGUGCCCUAUGAUCCCCAAAAUAUCCCAGGAGAUAUAAAUAAGCAAGUGCUCAGUGAGGAGGACGAGAAGGAGGAGGUGAAGGAGGAGGAGGAGGUGGUGUUUCACGGAGAAUACUUUAACUCGUGUGCACCAGUGAUACUAAGUGAUGGGGAUAAAGCGGACGAGGAAGAGGAGAAGAAGGAGGAGGGACAGCAGCAGGCGAAUGUGGAGGAACAUUGGAGGAGAGUUUCUCUGGCAGAGAUACGAGGUGUACCCCAAGGAGAAACCCGGGAGGAGCCCCAAGGAGAGGAACUUGGAGACAUUCUGUGGGCGGAGGUGACGGCACAACUCAGGGACGUCUGGGACGAGAUCGGCCUCAUCGACGACUCACCGAGGUCGCAAAGCUCGUUCCCAUGCAUCCUGCCCCAAGAGCCUGUGAAGGAGAGGUGCGAGGGCGUGAACGGUAAUGUUGGAAGUGGUGAUGGUUCGCCUCAACAGCACCCUGCCUUCAGCCCCCUAGCCUCUGGUGCUCCCACAACCACCACAACAGUUCCCCCCCUCAGCAGCCAACCGCUGUCCACGACCCACGAGUCCCAGCCCCCAGACUAUCAUAGUCACCACCACAUCAUUUCCUCAGACAGACCGGAGCGCCCAACGUCACUCAUGGCACCGGGCGUUUCCGAUGGGGGCAUGGGAGGAGUACAAGUGUUGCCAACAGAAAUACCGAGUGGCUUACAUCCAGUUCACCAACGCGACACCCACACCUACUAUGGAGGGCAGGGCUCUGCGUCAGAGUACAACUCUAAUGAGCAAGCCUACAUGGACCACCACCAUGUUGCACAUCUACCAGAGCCCCCGAUCCCUGUGUCGGAGAUCGGGCCCAUCCCUCCACCUCCAAUGUUUUCCUCGCCAUCACCUGUGGUUCACCCAAGGAGUCACCCUCCCCCGCCGUAUCACCCACCUACGUCAGUGGCUGGUGCAGGGGUACAGAAUGCCAUGGGUCACAAUCUAUCUAAUUCUGAAUAUGGUGUCAGAGAGGAUGAUGAUGAUGAUGAUGAUGAUGAUGAGGAUGAUGAGGAUGUGAAAAGCAGUUCAGCUAAUGGCAUCCUCGGAUGGUUUGAAGCCAGAAUGGCGGAAUUUGCUAAUGCUGAUGAUGAUAUAGAAGAUGUAGAUGAGGGCACAGAGGUUGAUGGUGUUGUGUUUUACAACACCAACCAUGGCCCUUAUGUUGACACCUCCAGAGUAGAAGAAGUACCUGCACGGGAGCCCAGACUAGAUGCCAAGCCUCUGAAAUCUGCACUCAAGAAGAAGAAUCCCUCAGGAACUGCCAAUGGGUCUGCAGGCACGCCCCCAGCUGGAACUCCCACUGAUGGGGGCAAGCCUCUGACUGUGCGGCAAGAUGGCAACAGGCGCCUACCGCUUCGACCCAGUGUUAGGAUUAGGUUCAGCACGAAGCCCAUCAAAUUUUCCUACAGCCGAGGGGAUGGUGGAGACAAAUCGUCGGGGGAAAACAAGGAAAACAGUGUCCCGUUCACAUACCUCCCUCCCAACACUGUCCUCCCCAAUUCCUUACAAGAGUCACGGGUGGAUGAUGAUGAUGAGGACGGCCCCAUCCUCUAUCGCGAAGAUGAUGAGGAUGAAGAUCGUCUAGCUUCAAAAGUGGCAAGAAGAGACAGUCUUGCACAGAAGUUGGCUUGUCGACCAAACAAACAAGACCUAAUCGAUCGAAACAUCAUUCACAUGCAAUCAGAGAAUGACAGGAAGGAGUUUAGAGAAGCAAUUGGAGCCAAGCUUACAAGACGUUUGAGUUUACGACCAUCAGCGGAAGAGCUAGAGGAAAGAAAUAUUCUUAAAACAACUACUCCUGAGGAGGCACGUAAACAGAAGGAGGAAAAAAGAAAAACUCUCUUACGAAAGUUGUCCUUUAGGCCAACUCUAGAAGAGCUUCGAGAACGAAAAAUUAUACGCUUCAAUGAUUAUAUAGAGGUGACUCAGGCACAUGAGUACGAUCGACGAGCAGACAAGCCAUGGACGCGUCUUACACCAAGAGACAAGGCAGCCAUUAGGAAGGAACUGAAUGACUUCAAAAGCAUGGAAAUGGAGGUGCACGAAGACUCAAGACAUCUUACUCGAUUCCACAGACCUUGAUUGGGGGUUAGGCGUAGUAAGACAAGCCCAAUACUCCACGAGAAGAAGAAGAAAUAACCCAAGCAACAUUUAUAUACUGUAUUACCAAUGUGUGUGCCUGUUGUAUUGUGUCUGAUACUCUUUACUUAAGAAGAACACUGUCAACAAUUUGAUCUUUUUAUGUUCUUUCAUUUCUCUUCCCCUUUUCAGCUUCUUCUCUCUGGUUUUGAUACAAACACAGGAAUAAAUCAAGAAACACCUUAUGAUAUGGUCUUGCUAAUGAUAAGAACUAAUGUUAAAACAAUUUUAGUAUUUAAAUAACAAUUAUUUUAUUUUGUUUACUUUUUGUAUAUUUAUCACUUGAGUGUAUAUGUGUAUGAAUGUAUUCAUAUAUACAUACAUGAAUGUAUAUUCAACUUUUCUUUUCAACUCAAGAACAACAUAUGAGGAUAUUUUGAAUCUUAUCUGAAGGGCAAGCAGUAUCAGACCACCAACAAAUAACACCAUGGUAUCUUUCAGUGUUGCUGGGUUUUGAAGGAUCCUUCCAAAUUUGUCUUGUACCAAUGUAGAGCAUAUAUAUCACCUACUAUAGUUUACUACAUUUGAUCAGUCAGUGUGUAUAUGUAUGCCAUACAUAUUGAUUAUUGUGUGGUUUGUUCAGUGGUUUCUUGGUUGUUUGGACAAUAACAACAUAGUCAUAUGAUAAUGAAGUAAGAUAUUUUACCACUUGUAUUUUUUUUUUCUUAUUUUUCUUUUUAAGUAUAUUUUUUAUCCUAGAAUAUGUUUUAAAUGUGUUUAACACAAUGCAGAACUGUGAUGAAUAGGGUUUGCAGGCUGUAUUUUCUGUCAGAUAAUCAGAUAACUGAGAUUCCACUGUGUACAUGCGUUGUGUGUGUGCAUUGCUUUAGGUGCACAUGAGCGUGUGUGGAAGCCCACGUAUUGCUGUGAUACUGAUGCUCUGAGUGAUAUUACAUGUUAGUCCUUGGGCCAGCAUCUGUCAUUCACUGGUGUCGGACUAACCACACCAGCAUCUGUGCCAAGGGGUCUGGGCGGAGUCUCGUUACCUCACCUACCUGCACAGAAUCAUCUUUUAAGCCAUUCUCACUUCAGUGAAUGUCCAACUAGGGUGGAAACCUCUCUCUUUAACAUUGUAUAAUGGAAGGUAUUAGAGAUGAAUAGAUUUCUAUUGCUAGGAUAGAGUGAAAUGUGAAAAAAAUAUUUCAACCAUUCUACUUGCUAUUUUUGUAAACUUCUUCCUUUCCUUUCCUAUCCAUCAUUUUUAUGAGAAGUUGAUUGUUAGCCCCCAUGACUGAAUGAAAUAUUUGAUUUGAUAAAUUCACUGUCUAUUUUGACCAAGAAGGGCAUGUGUACAGCUAAGUGAGUUUGUUAGCUUCCUUGGUCCAGUUUAGGUGGCCACUUGUUGUGAUAACCAACGACUCUGUAACUCCAUAGUUUCUUAGAGGAUACACUUUGUUUAGGAUUUUGUGUCCAAGUUAUUCAUUACGAAAAGAGAUCAUUACGCAUCUCGGAUAAUGGUGUUGUUAUUAGUUUCGACAAUCACCUUGUUACCAGUUGUUGUAAGUCAUUUUUUUAUCCUUUUUAGAAUGUGCUUCAUUGAUGUUUUUACAUAUAUUCUAGAAGACUUAGUAAGCUAUUAUUUGUAGCUUGGGUCCAAAAAAGGAAAAAAAGGUUGAAAAUGAACAGGGCUUACAAACAUACUUCCUUAUCUCGAGUAAGGGCAGAUUAUGCAAGACAUCAUUCAGAGAAAUUGGAUAUUUAUUUGGUUGAUUCCAGUGUGUUUAGUAUCAAAAGUGCCAUUGAUCCUUUUCAUUAUGAGUGCCCUUCAGCAGUAAAUCUAAAGCAUGUUGUUAAUGGAAGAAACAAAGGAGUAGAACCUCAAACUUAGAGUCCAUCUGUGGAGUGUUGUGUACAAAUGAAUUGCCUUUUUCAUGGGUGCUUGCUAGAUGGGCAGAUUUCUAGCUUAGAACCUUGUAAAAAAAGAAAAAAAAAAGAAAAAGAAAAAAAAACUUGUCCUCUUUUUUGCAAAAACACCCCCCAAAUGAACACUAAAUUUUGAGCAAAUAAUUUAACACCACUUUAGGUUACAUUUUAUUUGCUGAUUCCAACUCUUCCAGUUUGUAAGUAAAUUACAUGAGAAAACGAACAUUGUAUUUAUUAUUUUCUUUGCUAGCUGUACAUUUUUGCAGAAUAAUAUUGGUCUGUAUUUGAGACACAAAACACAAUUGAGUCUGUGAUUUUGUUGACUGUACACAUCAGAUUAAAUGUUUUUGAGGCGUAAUGGAAGACAGCAUUACUCUUUAUUGAUCGUCCACACAGUAUUCUCCCUCCCCCGUGCGUUGUUGCUUGAGACGUGUGAAAGGAGCAUUUAACAGGCUGAUAAACUUAUUUUGGCCUUUUGAGUAUUGUACAGUUCACUUCUUCCAUCUUCAGUAUUGGAAAUACAAUAUAUGCAGUUGAAUACAUACCGUGACCUCCCAACACAGCUGCUGGGUCAAUAAACACUAGCAUCUUGUAGACUUCUGCUCUGUCUCUGUGAGAUAGUAUGUUGCAGUAAUAGCUCUGGGGGCUCCCAUUUACACUUGAAGAGCAGUAUAUGCCAAAGCUGAAGUAAAGAAGAUGUAGGAUGAGCAAGCUAUAGAUAUGCAAAAUAUUUUAGUAUGCAUUUGUAUAUCACCGCUGGUUGUAAAUAUUGUUACUGAUUUGUAUCAUGAUCUCAGAGAUGUAAUGUUCAAGGCUCCAUUAAUAAGUUCAACAUAACAGCAGGUUACCAUGCAGGCCUGUUCAGUGUAAACUUUUGUAAAUAUGAUGUACUCAUUACCCACACUUGUGUACAUAGCUAAUACAGCUUCUCCCGUCUGCCUGCUAUGCUAGGGGUGGCAUGUAUACCAUGUUCAUAGGGUCAGCAACAGUGGUUUUGGUUCUCAGGUGCAACUAUGAGAGAAAAAAAAAAGAAUAAUGGCUAUGGAAAAAUCAUUUUAUUUUGUUACAUUUAAUUGGCCAGUGCUGCUGAUUUCUUCUCAUUUGUGUGGAUUCUAUAUAUGAGCCUUAAGAGAACCGUUUGUUUUGUUGCAAUGAAGCCCCUGGACUGUGUAUGCUGCCAUUCUUAGUGAAUCAAGUCAUAACAUUUAUUCUCAAAAAUUUGUUAUCUAAAAAUGGAGAUCAAUAUAUCUUCACAGUAGAUUCCAAGUGAAUAGGUUCCCCCUUAUAUUAAGUGCAAAAUAUUAUUGUGUGGAAGAGAAAAGAGAGAGAGGGAGUUUCUAAUAACCCUUGGGGUUUACAGCAUUUAUUUUGUAGUUUCUUGUAUUGGAAAAUUAAUUUUGAAAUUUUAUGGUAAUGAGUGCUGGAAGAUUGAAAAAAAAUAUUUGGCACAUUGUAGUCUCACAAAACACCUCUUUCAGCACCCAGUUACCAAGCCCCAAUGUUUUUAUUCUUUAUUACAAAUCAUAAUUAAUUUGAAACUGAGUUCCAGAUGUCACCAUGAUUUUACUUGAUUACCUAACUAGGGAGUGCUGGUUACUGUUAACUUUUGCUCACCUACAGAAUUCAAAUAACGAGUCUUUGCUCAAUACCAGCAUUAUGUGUACCAUAGAGAUCAGCUGAAGAAACUUUUCAUCAGAUAGGCAUGAGCUCCUCUCGGUCCUCUGUAGGAUGAUUUAAUCCCUCUUUAUUAGGUGUUUGUGUUCUCAUGAGGCAUCCUUCAUCCUUCAUCCUCCUGUAUGUGUGACGAUAGUAUCGCUGCAGGCAGUGGGUGUCAGCUCAUACCAUCCCCAUCACUCCAGUGUAUCUUUGUAUAUAGCCUAUACCAACAUCCCAGAAACAUCUGUUAUUCUCCUGCUUUAUAACUAGCUCUGUCAUUGCUUUAUACUUGUUGGAAUAAAACAUCACCGUCUUCCA